AGGCCUCCCAGGGGCUGUGGGGAGGCCGUGUGGGGCUCACUGUAUAGACAGGGCACGGGGUGGAGGGUGAGCCUUGAGCAGCUGGGGGAGGGGCGCCCUCAGGGAGCUCUGGUGUGAGGAGGAAGUCGGGUAAGGAGCCCCCAGGCAGGGGUGACCUCACUUCCCUGACGACAGAGCCCAACGGAAUUGGAACCCACGUAUCCAGGCACCCACAUUCCAGAGAAAAGCCCCCUGCCCGGCUCAUUUCCUUGGACAACCUCAAGGAAGCGACAUGUUCUUGUGCUGCCUACCGAAGUCCAGAGGACGCGGGCGGAGGAGAGCUCGCCCGCCAAACACGUCGCCUCGCUGGGGAGGUCGUGUCGGGGCUCUCCGACGCCUCUGGCCCUUUGGGAAGAAGAAUCCAAAGGCCACGGAUGAAAGAGGAAGGAGGCGGGAAGACACGCACUCCUCCCUGACCCCGGAGUCCCCGGUCCUGGGAAGGCCUCCCGUACCUCCCAGACCACUGCCCGCGGUACUCCACUGGACUGCGUUCCGGGACACGGAGCCCACGGAGGCCACGUCCGAGGCUACUCCAGCGGAGGAGCUAGACCCACUCCCAACUUCAGCAACUCCCGAGGGGGACAUGGUGCCUGGAGACACUUCGGCAGGAGACCGGGAGCCAACAGGCGACGGGGCGCCUGCCCACGGAGAUGCUGAUGCUGUCCACGGAGAGCUGGCUCCUGCUCCUGCUCCUGCUCCUGCCCCCACCCCUGCUCCUGCCGCUCCCCCUUCCCCUGCCCCUGCCUCCCUGACCCUGACCCUAACCCUGACCCUGACCCUUACACUGACGAUGACCCUAAACCUAACCCUAAACCUAUCCCCGACCCUGGCCCUGGCACUGAGCCUGACGCUAACCCGGGCCCAGACCCUGACGCUGACCCUAACCCGAACCCUGGCCCUGGCACUGGCCCUGGCCCUGAGCCUGACCCUAACCCUGGUCCUGACCUGA